AUGUCCUCCAAAUCUGAUGACAACGCGAAAUCCAGUAUGAGCUCAGAACAAACUUCCAAACCCGCCACGCAAGAGUCGGCCUCGACCGCCACUUCUACUACCGCGGGGUCCAGCUCAAACGAAUCUUCUCGAUGCCAACCAGCUCCCAAAUCUAGUAGUUCGGGAUGCGAUCAUCAAUCCAGACUUGAUGAUGCUUAUGGAGAGCAAUGGGCGGAUGAGGUUGGGGCGGGUGAGCCAACGCUAGUCGUUCCUUUGGUAUAUAUGCACCAUUAA